AUGGAAGUCAGCAUUCAGAGAGCUUUGAACGACAAGCUCUAUGACAAGCGCAAGGUCGGCGCACUCGAGCUCGAACGAGUCAUCCGAGAGCUGGUCGUCACUAGAGACUACCCAAGAGUCCAAGCAAUCCUCGAGCAACUCUGCAAUGAAUUCGCAUACGCUGUUCACCAACCCCAUGCUCGAAAUGGAGGCUUGAUAGGACUGGCUGCAGCUGCCAUCGCCCUCGGUCAUGAACUGCCCCGCUAUCUCGAAAAGAUCGUUCCACCAGUGCUAGCAUGCUUCACCGACCAAGAUGCCAGAGUCAGAUACUAUGCCUGCGAAGCCAAGUACAAUAUCGCCAAGGUCGCCAAGGGGGAGAUCUUGAUAUACUUCAACGACAUCUUCGACGCCCUCUGCAAGCUGGGAGCCGACUCUGAGUUGUCUGUUAAAAACGGUGCCGAGUUGCUCGACCGACUCAUCAAAGACAUUGUCUCUGAGUCAGCUGCGUCUUACGUGUCCGUCCUUGAGGGAGACCUGGAUCAACAGGAACUCAGCGACAAGGACGAACUUGAAGACCGCCCUCCCCCCCCCACCGCCUUCUCCUUGCGCCGAUUCAUCCCACUUCUUCAGGAGCGUAUCUGGGUCAUCAAUCCUUUUACCCGCCAGUUUUUGGUUGGCUGGAUUACGUUGCUCGACUCUAUUCCGGACUUGGAACUCGUCACCUUUCUUCCCGACUUCCUCGGUGGUUUGCUCAGGUUUUUGAGUGACCCCAAUAGAGACGUUCACGUUGCAACUAGAGCCUGCCUCGAUAAGUUUCUCAGCGAGAUCAAGAGGAUUUCUAGGAUCAAGAAGGGCAUCGCUGAGAGCAAAAAGUCGCGCGAGGGUGGAAAACGGAAACGCGAGGAGUCGGUAGAUUCGGGGAGUCUCCAAAUUGGCCCGGAAGAGGGCGAUGAAGUUGACUCGCAAACCGACGACGAUGACAGCAGCGGCGAGGAAGACUGGGUACCGGGACAAGACGUCCAAAUUAACUACCGAAAAAUUCUCGAGAUACUGACCGCCACUCUUGACUCUCCCCUUGAGGAAGACUCGCUCCUAGAGUCACUACGAUGGAUCGUCGAGUUUUUGGACAUUUGCCCCGAAGAGGUGCUACCAUUCACCCCAAAGGUCCUGGCCCACAUGCUACCCGCUAUGGCCAGUGGUGUUGAAUCCAUACGUCAAGCUGCUGCACGCGUCAAUGCCGGCCUGAUGGACUACGUAGUCUCCCUCUCCGACGAGCCUGAGAUCGGUGGCGCCUCUCAGUCCAUGUCACGAAUCCCCGUAUCUGGUGAACGACAAGAGGGGCCUUCUAGUGCACGAGCUUCCCUCUCUAGUUCGCGGGACCUCGAAUUGCGGAGCCCAACCCCAGCCCAGGGACACAAUCGUUCUCUCUCGACGCCGGUUGCACCGCUAACAAGUAACCACCCCCAGGUAGAUCUGGACUAUGCCGCGGCAGUCAAUGCGUUGACGCUCUUGUUCCUCAAUGACCACGAGGCAACUCGCGUUGCUGCCUUGACGUGGUUAAUUAUGCUUCAUAGAAAGGCGCCACGGAAAGUACUCGCCUUCAAUGACGGAACCUUUCCUGCGUUGCUCAAGACACUUUCGGACCCUGCCGAGACCGUUGUCACCAAAGAUCUACAGCUGCUGUCACAGAUAUCUCGCAACAGUGAAGACGACUACUUUUCAAACUUCAUGGUCAAUUUACUGCAGCUGUUUGCUACUGACAGAAAACUGCUUGAGACACGAGGGAACCUGAUAAUUCGUCAGCUUUGCGUGAGCCUGAGCGCAGAGAGGAUCUAUCGUACGCUCGCAGACUGCAUAGAAAAGGAGGAAGACGUCGAGUUCGCUAGCAUUAUGGUGCAGAAUCUGAACAACAACCUCAUCACGGCCCCAGAGCUGUCGGAGCUGCGCAAGAGACUUCGAAAUUUGGAGUCAAAGGCAAGAAUCCCUGACGGCCAAACCUUCUUCGUCGCGCUGUUCCGCUCAUGGUGCCAUAACGCCGUUGCAACCUUCUCUCUCUGCCUGCUGGCGCAGGCUUACGAGCAGGCUUAUAACCUUCUACAAAUUUUCGCCGAAUUGGAGAUGACGGUGAACAUUCUCAUACAGAUCGACAAGUUGGUGCAGUUGAUAGAAUCUCCUGUGUUCACUUACCUCCGGUUGCAGCUGCUUGAGCCUGAGAAAUUCCCACACUUGUAUAAAUGCCUGUACGGCCUUUUGAUGCUCCUCCCCCAGUCCUCGGCUUUUGCCGCCCUAAAGAAUCGCCUGAACGCUGUCAGUUCGAUCGGUUACCUCCAUAUCGCUCCCAAAGUUAACCCACCUUCUGCCACAAGCUCAAGCUACGAUAGGCCGAAUAGGCUCAAAAGUCGAGAAGAUAGCAUCAUUCGAUGGAAUGAGUUACUGGAGAAGUUCCGCACUGUGCAGGAAAGGGCUCGCCGAGCCCAGAGACACUCCGGUGACGUUGAGGAAGGUCGAGGCGGCCUCGGUGUUGCGGACCUGCGGCUUGGAGAAAGUCUAGACUCCAAGGGAGCAAAAGAGGUACGCAAUACUAGCGGGCCGCCUGUUCCUGUCAAAGACCCUCCUCCAGCUGCACCACCAGCGGUCAAGAGAUCCGGUCUAGGAAUGCGGCAGAUUAGGAAUCUGGGAGGCGCGGUCAGGGGAAAGCGACCUGGCUAA